CCAUAAUUUUUAAAAAAUAAAUAAAAAAGAAAAACAAAUUUCUACAUCUUCAGUCUUAGUCUACCACAAGAACAAGAAGCUACAUCUCAGUUAAGGCUCACAGUGAAGAGUUCAAGUAAUAGAGCGAAUAUGACAAGAACCGCCCUUAUUUUGGCUGACAGCUCAAAGAAUAUUCAAGGAUAGCUCUUGAAAAAAUUAGGGGGCUUCCACAGGUCAAGCUAGAGCCAGUGAUGAUGUCUGAAACCUUCGUGAUAGAUAACAAUGAGGUGAGCGUUCAUUUGAAUGAUAGGAUCCCUGCUGAAAUUGCUGAGAAUUUUAAAGAAUUCUUUCCUGAGGAUGGCGAUCUUAGUCUUGAAGAAGUCCUACUACAACAGGAAAGCGCUUUCCAGUAUAUUCAAGCAAAUGGAAAAAACAAGGAUAAGACCUCAAAUAAUGGUCAAACCAGUAAUAGGAGUCAGCCAAUUGUGCAAGAAGGUGAAUGUUCCAGUGGUGCAACUGAUCAAUUGCAAUCGGCUACGGAUGAAGCUUUAGCUAGAGCCUUGCAGGAGUAUUUCUACAUAAAUGAGCCUAAUGGUACUGUGGCUGAAAGCAGAGAGCCAACUCCUAGUGAAACACCAGUUAGGGUUACAAAUCAUUCUUUAAGGCAAGAUGAUAUAGAUCCAGAUAACAUGACUUAUGAGGAACUGCAAUCUUUAGGGGAAGCCGUUGGUCACGAGAGCAAAGGGCUUUCAGAAGUUCUCAUUGCUCGACUACCCACAUUCAAAUACAAAACGGGGCUGUUCUCCAAGAAACGGAAAAAAGAAAUUGCCCCGUCUGCCAAGAGGAGGUCCGAGAAGAUUAAUUGGCCCAAGACCACUAAAAGAAGAGAAGUGAGUGGUCUCUGUUGCUGGCGCGUGUACUCGUGUUCUUUGACGACUCUGGAAUUUUGGUGUAAAACAGGAAAUGACCUGCUGCUCCUGAGGCUAGAAGUUCUGUACUAGUAAAUUGUGCUUGUAAAGGAAUUUGACUUCCAUCUCUUGCUUUUUUAUCAUGUGUGAAUAGCUUCUGGUUUCACCUUCGCUGCGAAAACGUUGUAGUUGUCCUCCCCUACAUGUUUUGCUUGCGAAUCCUUGCAACUUGGUAAGGAGAUUCUACUCCGUUUUAGAUUUC